AUGCCUAUCGACCAGCCUGUUGGGGGUUCAGUCCCUCCGAACACAGCCCAUGCGAUUAGCGUAUCGCUUCCAACAUGGGAAGCGAAUGUGGGAUAUGAAGAAGGGGAUGCAAAGGUUAUCAAUGCCAUGACUACAGGAUACCCAAGAUUCUUCGUCCAUAAGAGCAUCCAAUGUCUUGCAAACGAGGUCAUUGCCCGUUUUGGUCGGCAGGGAGACGCUGCCAUGCUAUUCCCAUCGCCUAAAACCGCCACAUGCUGUAGGGACUUCAUCUUGUCAAAGAUACCUGAAGAGGAUAAGCCUGGAGUACGCAUUGUAAGGCUUGUUAUGCCGCCGCAGAUUACCCCUGCAGAGCUCAACGGUAUCACAUCGGAGCUUUGUGCGGUGCUUUACCCACAAAAGUAUGGCAGUAUCUCGAAGCAGGUAUGGCAGCACAGUGGAUCGGGAAUCUCCAGUCGACGCGGUGAAUUUUGUCUCAAAGCGUUGAAAGGUGGAUAUCUCGUUGAAGAGUCUCAGGCGCAGGGACAAGGACAAGCCAAAGGAGCAAAGACAGACAGUGUCAUACAUAAGGGACCAAAGAGAUACCAGAAAGUUGAAUCGCACGGUUCGACUAAACAAGCUGAGUCCACGACUACCGGUGAAGGGGAGUUUAGCCAGUUUAUCGAAGAGCGGUUCGGUCGAAAUUUGGACAUGUGCCUGGCCAACAACGCGAAGUUGGCUGUCAAACGGCGGAUUGCAGGGACAUUGUCAGCGACAGAGGCAGACUCGCAUAACCCUGAAAAUGCCCGUAUCCCGGGGCUCAACGAGGAGCAUAUCAUGCUCUAUCCUACAGGUAUGAACUCGAUAUUCAACGUGCACCAACUCCUGCUUAAGGCCCGUGGACCCAUGAAGAGCAUCUGCUUCGGCUUCCCAUACAUUGACACGCUGAAGAUCCUGGAGAAAUGGGGCCCGGGGGUGCUGUUCUAUGGUCUCUGUUCGACGGAAGAGAUAGAUGAUCUUGAGAAACGCCUGGAGUCAGGAGAGCGGUAUCUUGCUCUAUUCACCGAGUUCCCAGGGAAUCCACUGCUGCGAUCACCGGAUCUUGAACGCAUAUAUGCCCUUUCGAGGAAAUAUGAGUUCGCCGUCGUCGUGGACGAGUCGCUGGGCAACUUCAUCAAUGUGAAUGUGCUCCCCUUUGCUGAUGUGGUGGUCAGCAGCUUGACGAAGAUAUUCAGCGGAGACAGCAACGUUAUGGGCGGCAGUGCAGUGUUCAACCCGCAUGGACAGUUCUAUGCGCUGCUCAAGGAGGUGCUGGCCCAAGAGUACGAAGAUGACUACUGGGCCGAGGAUGCGGUGUUCCUGGAACGCAACAGUCGGGACUUUGUCGGCCGCGUUGAGCGGAUCAAUAGGUCAGCGGAGACCUUGACCUCGUUGCUGGAAUCUUCGCCGCUGGGUAAGUCCAAUAUUGCUUUGGGCAUGGAUUUGGGCAGUGUUUUUUUUUGCUAA